CUAUGUCCCGAUCCUCCUACAGAGUAUAAAGCUACCAGAAACUAUACCAUGCCUGUACCCGGAUUUUACACAUUCAAGUCAACUCUGACGGAUACAUGUAUUGAUGGCAGGUUUCUAGAUAAAAACGUCACAAAGUCGUAUACUUGUCUACAAGAUAAUAAAUGGUCAGAAGAUAUAUUGAUGUGUGAAGCUUUUUGUAACCAGCUACAGAUACCAUCGAAUGCGAAGGCGAAUUCUAGCGAAGAUUACGUCCAAACUGUCAUAGCUGUAACAUGUGAUCAUUACUUUGUAACAGCACAAAAUGACACAACACAGUACGUUACAUGUAACGAGACAGGCAUGUGGGAUGUAACGUUAAAGCAUUGUGAUGUGUACUUAUGUGAUGAAACACCAUCUUUGCUGCAUGCUUCAAAGUAUUUGAAGGAUUCAAAUACAACGGAAUAUAUAUGUGACCCAUACUAUUCUUUUUCAAAUGGAUCACAAUCAAGGAUAAUUACAUGCGAUGGAACUAGUUUUAAAUGGGAGAUUAUGAACGAUAUCUGUACAAGGCAAGAUGAUUUAAUAUGUUACCGAUCUAUGACUUCCCGAUUUCUAGGAAAUACAAUGCGAAAUUCGACAAGUGAUGUUCUAUUAGAGUUUUUGCCAAGAAGUCAAAUGUCCUGCUCGAGCGCCUGUUUGAAAAAUUGGCAUUGUAAAGGAUAUAAUUAUAAAGAUGAUGUAUGUAGACUUUUCAAUACCAAAUCAAUAUCUGCUGAUCUUACCAGUGAUGUCAAUUGGUGGUACUUUGAAAAAAGCGACGAAGAUCUUUAUUCCUGUAUUUGAAAGGAAAUAUAAAGAAAGUGUAUAGAGUAUGUACAAUAUUAUAAAAUUCAAACGGAUCAAAAAGUCCACGGUGAGCUCAUUAAACUGCUACUAAUUGACAAUUUACGUUUUAAAAACACUAGUGUCAGAUUUUAUGAUUUUAUACAUCAAUGAAAAGUGAGAGCUGUUAAUAGGCUUCAAUAAAAUAUUGGUAAAACAUAU